AUGGCCUCGGUGGUGGUCAUCAGAGCGGCCACAGAGGUGGCGUCAACCAAAGCAGUUCGGACGACCUUGGUUGGAUCGAUGAUGGCCUGCGGCAAUCAUUGUUCUCGUAUAAUUCCCUUCUGGUGCGUUGUAACCGUACUCGCGAUCACCGCGGUCCAGAAGACGUCCAAUGACGACGGCACCAUCGACACCUGCGUUCUUGGCGAUGGUCUUGCAUGGCACGACGAGAGCGUCGCGCACGAUCUUCACUCCGAUGUUCUGAUCAAAGUUUUCCAUCUUGAUCUUCUUGAGUGCCAAUGUGGCGUAGAGCAAGGCCGUACCACCGCCUGGCACGAUACCCUCCUCAAUGGCGGCACGUGUGGCGUUCAGAGCGUCCUCAAUACGGUCCUUCUUCUCGCCAACCUCGACCUCGGAGGCACCGCCGACGCGGAUCACACCAACGCCGCCGGCCCAACUUGGCCAAACGCUCCUGGAGCUUACCGCGCUGGUACUCCUCAGUGGUGGUUGUGA